AAUUUUUUACCCCGUAUACGAUCUGAAAUCUUUUGGCUGUAUCAUCGAAGCUGCUCUACGUAGAGCUUUGUCGCUAUUAUUUCAAAUCGCGGCAUAGUACACAUUGUGUUGGAGUCCCAAACAUUGUUUUAAUUUGGUGUUUUUUUGUGUAGUGCGCGUGUUGAUUGUUAUAGACACAAAACUUUGUUAGUAUUCUCGAUGGAUUCCAGUAUUUUACUGGUUCCGAAUGUAAAUUCACUUCCGGCGGUGGAUAACAUGGUAAAUGAAACGACUGAGGAAAAAAAUUCGCUGGCAAGAACGCAAAAAAAAUGUAACGAAUACAGAAAUGAAAACAUUGGAAGAAGAGGCGAUGGCAGCAACAGCGGCACUGGUAGCAAACAUAAACACAAAACUGAUGGAGAAUUAAUAUUGGUAAUGGAGCCGCAGAAUCCUUCCCCGACGAAAUAUUUUGAUCAAAACGGAAUUCCACUAAAAAAGGAAUUUUUGGAUUCCGAACUAAACGAAAUAAUCGGAAAAGGUACAAAGAAACGCACUAAAUUGACAAUAACAUGCCAUAAGUGUUGUGAGCGGUUUGAGUCUAAAGUCGAAUAUGAGUUCCACUACCGGAAAAGUUACAACCAAGAACCGGUUUAUGCGUGUGCUACCUGUGAUAAGCGAAUUUCUCAAUACAAAGCAUAUAGGUUGCAUAUCUAUCGGCACUCGAAUAGUGCCAAUCAGCGUUACACCUGUGGAACAUGCUCAAAAGUAUUCCACCAGAAGUCGGAUUUAAAUCGACAUGAAAGUGUCCAUGGAAAUCCGUCUGCACUGCCACAGGAACCAGAAGUAGUUACUGCUCCUACACAACCCAUCAAAGCAAGUUGUGAUCGAUGUGAUGCCGUUUUCGAAAGCCAAGCAGAGGUAAAAAUUCACGCAAAGAAGAUACAUCCGAUUCCAAAGCAGAUGAUUGAGUGUCCAGAUUGCGGUAAAUUUUUGUCGGCCGGCAGUCUGUACUCACAUCGAAAGAUUCAUUCGGAUGGUCCUAAAUUUACCUGUGAGGAUUGUGAUAAAUCAUUUGUACAGAAGAUCAAUUUUAUUCAUCACCGAAAAAAGCAUCUUCCAAACGACGAGCGUCCUUUCCCCUGCGGCGAGUGCGGUAAAGCUUUCUUCGAAAGAUCUCAUUUGCAGAGGCAUCAGUUUUUUCACUCCGAAGAAAGACCAUUUAAAUGUGGACUUUGCGGGAAAUGUUACAAAACGGAACGUUGCUUGAAGGUGCAUUCGGCAGUCCACAAUGCCGAUCGUCCAUUUGUGUGUAAUGAAUGUAACAAGGGGUUUUUAAGUAGCUCCAAGCUUCGUCAACAUAGCAAUAUCCACUCGGGUUUACGUCCCUUCAAGUGCAAGUACUGCUCUCGAGAUUUUACAAAUUUCCCCAAUUGGUUGAAACAUAUACGUCGGCGACAUAAAGUGGAUCAUAGAACUGGUGAAAAAUUGGAUAGCGUACCAAAGUUUAUGACGAAGAAAAAAGAGAAACCGGCACAUAAAAAGAUAGACGUUCGGGAGAAACAAUCAAAAGCUUGCCAGACUAAGAAAAAACAAUUAAAGGAGGUUCUACAAUUGGCGAUCAAAGAAGAAAGCCUCCCGUUCGUUGGUGAAAAUUCCAAUAUCGAUCUCAAUUUGGUGUCAAAAGAUGACUUACUUCAACCGCUCAAAAUGGAGGAAAUGGAUGACAUGUUCCCACAACUUUCUAAUGCGGUCGCUGAAGACGAGAACGCAGAGACUAAUAAUGUGAAUACAACAAUACAGCAUGCAAAACAUGAAGACGGCGAGCACGCUUCUGAACCACUGCGACCGCCAGCAACGGAGCACAAUGACAUGCUGGAUCCGCCACCAUUAGGUCUCGCAGCAGACGAUAGUGAACUGUUCCAGUUUGGCUAUGUACAACCGGAAUUCGAUUGUGAUUUUACUAUUAAGAACGAUUUUACCUUAAGGACCGAGGCUGUCAAUGUGAUUAGAGAAAGCGAAUCAGGCGUUAUCUCUCCACCAGAGAAUGAUCUCUCGCCGCAUGGGACUGGACUGGUGUACGACAUUAAUAGCGAGCUACCGAUCUUCCCAACAUUGAUCUCAAUCUGUGGUGAAGAACAGCAGUUUCAGCUCAUCAAUCCAAACUUCAUUCAUUUACCGCAACUUCGGAAAGCUGCUUCAGGUAGUGGAACGGACGUCGUAACUUUAAAAAUCGAAACACCGUAAAUUUGAAUAAAUGUUUACAAUUUCAUAGGUAUAUAUUUACGGAGCUCUUAUAAGAAACAGUAAAAAUGGUGAUUACGUUAAAGGGAGAGUGACCUUCGGUCGCACUCAUACGCUGGGCUAGUGAAAAAAUGAUUCUAUUGUGGUGAUUUACUUUAGGGUAGCAUAUAAUUAUAAGAUUAUGAAUGCUUUUUGGCACUCUGCAUACGGAGCGACAACCGAUAGACACGGCAUAGUAGAUGGCUCGUAUAUACACAGCAAAGGAUGAUACUACUAACGUCAUUUCGUAUCUCAAGGUUGCUUAAAAGCGUUAGUGAUCGCAACCAUCUGAAAGAAUGUAUGCAUGAGAUGUUGAUGUUCGAUGUCAUUCAAUGAUGUCAAUGUGGUAGUGAUGUAAGGACAAACAAACUAACAGUUGCUAUUGUCGGCUGUUAAGGGCGUGCUAACUGUGGUCUUCAAUAUUUCUCUAUUCAUGCCAAUCUACAAAACGAACACGAAUUGCCUAUUUACGCUUGUCGAUCCGUCUGCAAAGCCCUUUAACCGUAGCAUUCAAAGUAUUUCUGCCUCCAAAGCAGAGGAACAUACAAUUAUAUUCUAUAAUUUCUUGAUUUCUGCGAUGUAGUAUUAAGAAUAACGAUGAUAAUAUUUAUCGAGUGCAGAAAUAACAACGCCGUGAGUACAACUGAGGGCAGGGCAGGCGUAACACAAAACAUAACUCAGAGCCUACAAAA